AUGGACGGCCAACAACCGCCAGAGUCGCCACCAAACUCGCCCAACUGUGAGAAAGAAGCGGCGAGUUGCAUUUGCUCAUCAGUGCCAAUCGCGCUAUCGGCUAACACACUCGCGGACACUUUGAAAGUAUCGCCGCUUUACAAACAACAAGACUCUGCUCGUUGGACGGCUGCUGCUCAAGUCUACCGUUCAUCACGAGCUGUUUCUCCAACCCAAGACGAGAAGUUUUCAUUCGAUGGUCCGCCGUCUGAGUUGAUUAAUCAAAUCAAAACGCCGCGCGUUGGUGCAGCCAGAACCCCAUUAUCACUUGAAGAUAUUGCUGAAAUCAAUAGAAAACGUCAUGGCAAAGAAGGCGGUAUAAUUGCCCCAUCGAGCGAUGCGGGACCAUUGGAGCUAGAGGCGAUCGCUGCCGUUCACGAAUUAGCUCAUGAAGUCGAGAAUAUUUGUGUAUCGGAAAUGCUUCCAAGAACCAGCGACUUGAUUUUUGUGAAUGUGAAAACACAAGAAGGUGCUCCCUACACGUUAGAAUUAACAAUGAAAGGUUGGCGGAUUGCUUCGACUCAUACCGAUUGCAUGAAUGGCGACUACACUCGGAUUGAGCUUCACACAAAGUAUUUCCAAAAUGCCCGUGAAUUGCUCAAGUUUAUUUCUCCGGAUCAUGCGACGAAAUUCAAUGAAUGUCUCGCGAAACGCCUUCAACAGAUUGCUGAGAUUUCCGCACAAUAA